UCCUGCCACACGGUCACACUGCAACAGCUGACAGCUGAUUUUACGUUAGUUUUUCAUAAUCACAACGCAAAAUGUCGAAAUUACUAACCGAAAUGGCAAUGAACACGCUCCGCAACACACGCCUCGGCGCCCGCCAGCUAGCACGAAAUUUUGCGGGCAUUGCAUCCACGCGUAACAAUCCCGAACCGGCGCAUCUGAAGCCUGGCUAUGGCUAUGCCCAGGGACACGAGCUCCUGCAGCAGCAUCGGCAAAUGCAGAUUCCGCUGGCGGCCAGGCGCAGCAUGUUUAUCCAGACACAGGACACACCCAAUCCGGAGAGUCUCAAGUUUCUGCCCGGCGUGGAAGUGCUCGGCAAGGGCAAUACCUACGACUUUCCCAACGGGACCACUGCCCACGGCAGUCCACUAGCCAAACUUCUGUUCCGCGUGGAGGGAGUACGUGCCGUAUUCUUUGGCGCCGACUUUAUCACCAUCUCAAAACAGGAGGGGGCCGAAUGGAGCCUUAUCAAGCCCGAGGUGUUUGCCGUCAUCAUGGAUUUCUUUGCCAGCGGACUGCCCGUACUCCACGAGGCGCAGCCCAAUGCCGACACCGAGAUCCUUGAGGAUGAUGACGAGACAGUGAUGAUGAUUAAGGAGCUGCUGGACACACGUAUUCGACCCACUGUCCAGGAGGAUGGUGGCGAUAUUGUCUUUAUGGGCUACGAGGAGGGUGUCGUCAAGCUAAAGAUGCAGGGCUCCUGCUCCUCGUGUCCCAGCUCCAUUGUGACGCUGAAGAACGGUGUCCAGAAUAUGCUGCAGUUUUACAUACCGGAGGUGGAGUCCGUAGAGCAGGUCUUUGACGAUGCGGACAGGAUGAAUGACAGUGAGUUCGAGCGCUUCGAGCGCAAUCUGAAGACCUUGAGGCAACAGGAGCCGAAUGCGGCUGGAGCGGGAACGCCAGCUGGUGGCACCGGCGGCGGCGGUGGUCCAAAUUAGUUUUCAGGAAAAUCCUUUAUAUUCUAGUUAUUUGCGUUGCUAAUUUUUUAGUGAAACCCAUACAUACAUAUGUAUAUGUAGUUCUAUAAAGUUGAUUGUUUAAAUAAAUCUACGGCUUUAAGCAUAAGUUGA